AUGGCGCACGGAUCACUGUCCAUAAUUGCGAAUCCGCCUUGAGCUCGCAUUACGUACUCGACUACUUACGUGUGCGGUGAAGGCUGUGCAGGCUGGUUUUAUAGGAUUUCGUGGGAUUUCCUUUUCAAGUUAAUCGGAAUUGGACAUCUUUGCGACAAUGUUCAACAAUCGUGUGUCAAUGAUCCUGCGGCUGGCUGUACAGGAGCAACAGCGGCAGCCGCAAAGAGGAAUGGCCACUCUCAAGGCCAUAUCCAUACGUCUAAAGUCUGUGAAAAAUAUCCAAAAGAUCACCCAAUCCAUGAAGAUGGUGUCAGCAGCGAAAUACAAUCGUGCGGAACGUGACUUGAAGCAGGCUCGUCCUCUUGGCGUCGGCACAAAGAUGUUCUAUCAACAGGCUGAAAUCGAAGCACCAGCGGAAGAGCCGAAGAAGCUUGUCAUUGCGGUGACUAGCGAUCGUGGUCUGUGUGGCGCCGUGCACACUGGUGUGUCCCGUAACAUUCGUGAUCAAUUGCUGGCUGAUCCGAAGGAGCGCGAAAAUACAAAGAUCAUAUGUAUUGGCGAGAAAUCGCGUGCUAUCCUCCAACGAUUGUUCGCGAACAACAUACUAUUCGUCGCGUCAGAAGUCGGUCGUAAACCACCGACAUUCAAUGAUGCAGCCAAAGUAGCCAUACAAGUAAUGGACAGUGGUUAUUCUUUCGGCUCUGGGCGUAUCGUAUACAACAGGUUCAAAUCUGUGGUUUCAUACGCCAUUGAUGAUCUGCCGUUGUUUGACAAGAGUGCAGUGGUCACCGCACCAAAGCUGUCGGUAUAUGACUCGCUCGACGAUGAGGUGAUACAGAGCUACCUCGAGUUCUCGCUCGCUUCGCUACUGUUUUACUCCAUGAAGGAGGGUGCCUGCAGCGAACAAUCUAGCCGUAUGACAGCUAUGGACAAUGCCAGCAAGAAUGCUGGCGAGAUGAUCGACAAGCUCACGCUUACGUUCAAUCGUACGCGACAGGCUGUGAUUACCAGAGAAUUGAUUGAGAUUAUUUCCGGCGCAGCUGCUCUGGAUUAAGAAUAUCGCAAUAUCUUGGGAUAUUAGUUUCUCAAUUUAUGUGCUGCCAGAAGUAGAAUGCGAAAUUGCUCCAUUGGAAAAGAAAGCACUGGGAGGAAGAAAAGGAAAGAGAAGAUGCAAUUCACAGUUGACUUCACAGUUGGAUAACGUUUGAUCAGUCUCACAACGUGAAGUUACUGUAUAAACGCCAAGAAAGUUAUCUUCUCCAUUAUUGUUCAAUAAAUUGAUCCAAGUACGAAACUAGACGCUUCAAUAAAACAAUUCAGUAAAGCA